UAAUGCGCGAGAGCAGUACAUCCGAUGAUUAUUGGUCAGUCUCAGUGAGAAAUUCCGCUCUUCCUGACCAAAUUUAAUCAUUCUCAAUCGUUUAACCCGUCCAAAUCAACAUGUCCAGAGUCCACGUAGUCCUCGUAGUCAUCCUGGCGGUGACUUCCCUAGCGGUGGGCGAUAAGAAGCACCACCAGAAGCGGGAGAAUAAAUAUUCUGCGGAUGUAAAUCUCCCGGAAAGCGAAAAGUACGACAUGCGGCAGAUUCAGCGCCCCUUCCGGAUGGCCAAGCUCAAUUUAGUGUGGACAAAGGCCCAGCACAGAUUAACGGAACCAAAGCUGAUAAGCCUUUACACUGAGCUGAAGAUUCAAGAUAAAGAGGAGUUAGCGUGGAAGCAGCUCAGUGGGCAGAAUAAGGAUAAGGAUGGCCUGAAGGAGGCAGAGCUGAGGAAGAAGCUAAUAGGGAUUAUGAGCACUUAUGGGCUGCUGGAGCAUUUCGAUGAGACACAGAAUCCGGAGAAAACAAAAGAAUACACCGCCUACCAUGGUACCGUGGAUAGCUACAAGAACAAGAGCCUCUUCAAGGACAAGAAGCUCAAUCGACUGUGGGAAAAGGCUGAAGUGGCGGGCUUCACGCCGGAAGAACUGAAGGCACUAAAGGAGGAGUUUAUGCAUCAUCAGGAGAAGGUUGAUUUGUACUAUGAACUCCUGGAUGAUGUUACAGUGAAUCAGGGGAAGAAAGACUUCCACAUAAACGCCGUCAAUGAGGAUGAGAUUGAAAAGUUCAACGAGGUUGGUACGGCUGAAGAGUUGGCGGAUAGCCGUGCACAGAAACACGAUGAAUACUACAACGCUGCAAAUGAUCUCAGGGAGAAGCACAGAGAUAUCAGGGAUAGCUACGAUCGUCUCGAGAGGAUCACCGCCAAAGGUCCAAAUAGUCAGGACUUUGUUGAACCCAAAGUUCAGGGAUUGUGGCGUGUGGCCAUCAAUAGUGACUUCUCAGCCGACGAAUUGGCCUCGUUGAAAGUGGAGCUUCAGCAUUUGGAGUCGCGCCUCCUGAAAUUGCGCCACAUGAAUGCUGAGCAUGCAAUCUCCAUGGAAAAGUACAAAUCCAGUAAGCACCUGAACAAGCACGAGAAAAUCUCCAUGAUGGAGGACAAUAUCAAGAAGCAAACGCGCAAAGUGGAGAAGCUGCAUGAGGAUCUGGAGAAGAGGAUCUUCAAGCACACAGAGCUGUAGGAGGGAAGUGAAGCAAUAGCGAAUCUCUACACAUUCUGGUGCCAAAAAAAAGAGGGGGGAAUUGUUUUUUUAUAUGUGAUUUUCCUUCGAAAUAAAUUUAUUUUUUAAUCGUAAA